AUGACAAAUCCAGCCAUCGUGAUCAUUCCAGGUGCUUGGCACAGGCCAAAGCACUACCAGCAUCUCAUCAACAGCCUAGCCAAGGUUAACUAUGAAGCCGUUGGCGUGACAAUGCCCUCAGUCGACUCUAGCCCUCCCCACGCCAGUUGGGACCAAGAUGCGCAAGCGGUCCGCCGGGUGAUUCUGGAAUACUUGGAUGCCGGCAGGGACGUGAUUGCCGUUGCCCACUCAUUUGGAGGAAUCGCCAUGUCUGAGGCUGUCAAGGGACUGGGCAAACAAGAUCGAGAAAAGCAAGGCUUGAAGGGGGCGGUUGUGAGGCUGAUUUAUAUGACCGCCAUGGCGCUGCCAAAGGGCCAGACACAUGUCGGGCAAAUCAAGCCGACGACACCAGAAGAGGAGGAAAUCGAGCGCCAACGCCAGGAAAUGCAGGCGAAGUAUGAAAUCAUUGGCCUAGUGUUCUAUACCGGAUGCGAUCCUAAAGAUGUGCAAGAGGCAGUCGAUAUGCUGGGAUCUUUCCCUACCGGCCCAUUGAGCGUCCCGGCAACAUACUCGGCCUUCAAAGAGAUUCCGAGCACAUACAUAGUGUGCAAUAAUGACCUGGCAUUGCCAGUAUCCGUGCAAAAGAGAAUGAUUGCACAGGGUGAAGGCGCCUUUCAUGUCGAAGAGUGCAACGAGGGUCACUCGCCUUUCAUGAGCAACCCGGGUUUCAUCGUGGACUGUAUUCGCCGGGCGGCAGGUGAAGAUGUUUAG